ACUUACCCAUGAAGAUAACUAACUUUUUCACAUCCAAAUUUGAGUGAUUAGCAAAGCACUGUAUAAUGCAACCAGUUUUGCUUUUUGCUAGCCAUUUCUGUUUCUCUGUGGGCUGAAAACCACACUAUUGCUUCCUCUUUAUCUUUGUAGUGAGAGCACAGCAUUUGUCACUCAGUGUCGGAGCAACUUCAGUGACACCACCAGGAAAGGUCUGUAUUGGUCCAGAUGGCAUACAUCCUACAUGUGGCAUCUUUCCUUCUCUUUCUGACUAAGCUCAGCAUUGGCCAGAGAGAAGUAACAGUUCAGAAAGGACCGCUGUUUAGAGCCAAAGGUUACCCUGUCAGCAUUGGCUGCAAUGUAACUGGCUACCAGGGACCUUUGGAGCAGGAUUUCCAGUGGUCUGUUUACCUGCCCACAGCCCCGACCCAAGAAGUCCAGAUCGUUAGCACCAAGGAUAGCACCUUCUCUUACGCGGUGUAUGCACAGCGGGUGCAAAGCAGAGAAAUCUACGUGGAGAGGGUCCAGGGCAACUCAGUCUUGUUGCACAUCUCAAAGCUUCAGAUGAAGGAUUCUGGCGAGUAUGAGUGUCACACACCAAACACUGAUGAAAAAUACUAUGGAAGUUACAGUGCGAAGACUAAUCUAACUGUUAUUCCGGAUACCCUGUCUGCUUCCAUGAGUUCCCAGACUCUCAGUAAGGAGGAAGGGGAGCCAUUAGAACUCACCUGUGAGGCAUCCAAAGCCACAGCUCAACAUACCCACCUCUCUGUCACCUGGUACCUGAUGCAGGAUGGAGAGAGGAGCCAAGCCACCAAGAUUAUUUCCCUCUCCAAAGAUUUUAUGUUGAUCCCUGGGCCCUCGUAUACAGAGAGGUUUGCAGCCGGUGAUGUGCAGCUUGCCAAGCUGGGGGUCACUACCUUCAGGCUGUCCAUAAGGAGGCUGCAGCCCUCAGAUCAAGGGCAACUGUUCUGUGAGGCAACUGAAUGGAUUCAGGAUCCAGAUGAAACCUGGACUCUCAUCACGAAAAAGCAAACAGAUCACACAACUCUGAGGAUCCAGCCAGCAGUGAGAGAUUUUCAAGUCAACAUUACGACUGAGAGCACGUUUAUUGAAGGGAAACCCUUAGAACUGGUGUGCCUGGUGGUGGGCAGCAGCCGGGACCCACAGCUUCAGGUCAUUUGGUUCUUCAAUGACACUGAAAUAGCCCGCAUUGAUGCUGGUGGAGUGCUGGGCCUGAAGAAAGACUACAAAGAGAGAACAAGUCAAGGACAGCUCCAGGUUUCCAAGUUAAGCCCCAGGGCUUUCUCUCUCAAGAUCUUCACUGCCGGCCCGGAGGAUGAAGGCAGCUACAGAUGUGCAGUGGCAGAGGUGGCAGGAGCUCAGGUGGGCUCCUGGCAAGUGCUUCAGACAAAGCAGUCACCAGAGAGCCAUGUGCACCUGAGGAAGCCAGCAGCAAGAAGUGUGGUUGUGUUUACCAAGAACCAGCAGCAAGUAGUGUGGGAAGGAGAGGCGUUAACCCUUCUCUGCAAGGCAGAUGGAGCUGCGGGUCUCCUGUCCGUGAAGUGGUGGCACAUCCCGCAGGAACAGACUCAGCCGGAGUUUGUGGCUAGCAUGGAGCAGGAUGGCACCGUGCAGCUGGGUGCCUCCCACAGGGAGCUCAAUAACCACAGCAACACAAGGCUGGAGAAAAUGAACUGGGCCACCUUCCAACUAGAGAUCACCUCCACCACUGUCACAGACAGCGGCACGUAUGAGUGCAGGGUGUCUGAGAGGACCUGGAACCAGGCCAGAGAUCUGAGCUGGACUCAGAAGAUGUUGGUCACUGUCAAAUCUCUGCAGUCAAGUUUACAAGUUAAUCUGAUGAGCCGUCAACCACAAGUGAAAUUAACCAAUACAUUUGACCUGUCCUGCAUAGUGAGGGCUGGCUACUCUGACCUCAAGGUACCACUCACUGUGAUAUGGCAGUUCCAGCCAGCUAGAUCUCAAGUCUUUCAUCAGCUUAUUCUAAUCACCCAUAAUGGCACUAUUGAAUGGGGGGAUUUCCUAUCCCAGUUCCAAAGGAAGACGAAAGUCUCGCAUUCUUCAUUUCGUUCUCAACUCCUAAUCUAUGAUGCCACCGAGGAAGAAGCAGGAGUUUAUCAGUGUAAAGUAGAAGUUUAUGGCAUAAAUUCCCUACACACAAACAGCCCCGCCAGGGCUUCUGCCAUCUCUUCCCCAUUGAGGAUAGUUGUCACUUUACCAGAGAGCAAGCUAAAAGUGAAUUCAAGCAGUCAAGUCCAAGAGAUCUCCAUCAACUCCAACACUGACAUAGAAUGUAGCGUCUUGUCCCUGCCCCCUGGAAACCUUCGGUUAGCUGUGAUUUGGUACUUCUCUCCCAUUACCACUAAUGUGUCCUGGCUGAGGAUCCUGGAAAUGGACCAGACCAAUGUUGUAAAAUAUGGGGAUGAGUUUCAAACCCCACGGAAAAAACAAAAAUUCCACGCUGAGAAAGUUUCCCAAGACUUGUUUCAGCUACACAUUCUGAAUGUGGAAGACAGCGAUCAGGGCAGAUAUCACUGUGCUGUGGAGGAAUGGCUCUUGUCUACAAAUGGUGCUUGGAACAAGCUUGGGGAAAAGAAGUCAGGUCUAACAGAAUUGAAACUCAGGCUCACAGGAAGUAAGGUACGUGUCUCCAAAAUGCACCGUUCAGAAAAUGCUACCGAGCACACGGAGGUGGCCAUCCACUGUAGCUUGGAGAGUUCCGGCAGCUCAGCCUCCCUGUUCUCUGUAACGUGGUAUUGGAACAGAGAAAAUUCUGGAAGUAAGAUGUUGGUGAAUCUGCAGCAUGACGGCUUGCUGGAGUAUGGUGAAGAGGGGCUCAGGAGGCACCUGCACUCUUACCGUUCAUCCCCUACAGACUUUGUCCUGAAGCUUCAUCGGGUGGAGAUGGAGGAUGCUGGAAUGUAUUGGUGCAGAGUGGCAGAGUGGCAGCUACAUGGCAACCCAAGCAAGUGGGUCAACCAAGCGUCAGAUGAGUCACAGCGGAUGGUACUCACGGUGCUGCCUUCAGAGCCCACAUUUCCUUCCAGGAUCUGCUCAUCAGCACCUCUACGCUAUUUGCUAUUCGUCUGUCCCAUCGUUUUGUUCAUUCUUCUGCUCGUUUCCCUCCUCUGCUUAUACUGGAAGACCAGGAAGUUGUCAAGACUGAGUCUAAACGCACAGAAUGAAAAGGCUCUCUGGAUAGACUUGAAAGAGGCUGGAGACAGGACCACAAACAGGAGAGAAGAGGAGGAUAAAGACAAUUGAAUCCCAAGAGGCGCCUGCAGCCCUAUGGAAAGAGUGUGGACUUUGGAAUUGGACUGACUAGGAUAUGAAUGAAUCCUGGUUCUGUCCUUCUCUGUGUCUGUGGCUUUGGAUAACUUACCUAGGAAUCACAGGGACAUUUAUUGAGUGCACGGUACAAGGCACUGUUAAGUGUUUCUUUGUGUAUUACCUCAUCCACCCCUAGCAUCCCCCUAGGAGCUAGAUGGCAUCGUUAUCCCAUUUCACAUUUGCCACACCUCACAGAG